UAGUUGGAGCACACGAAACGAGCGGUUGAUCGCGCGCGUCUCUCUAUCGUCAACCGAAAAAAGAGAAACGAUUGUACUCAGACUGAACUAUCACGAACGCCGCAACGAUGGACGUUGCUCUGUAAAUUAUGUAAAAUAAAUCUAUUUAUAUAUAUAUAUCACGCUGUAUACCUGUGAAUACGUUGCUGUUAAAUUCACCGGAAGAAGGGUGUGCUGAAAAUCUCUCGGAAAGGAAAAGCAAUAUGUUUCUUUUAACAGAUGAUGAUGUGUCCAGGAGGAUUUGCAGGAUUUAACGACGCCUCUAAAACACGAGAACCAACCGCUCUUGUAAGAAAAGGAGUAAAUACCAGCCAAAACACGUUAAUAUCAUAACGAAAUGCCUACGAACUAUUGAAUCUUUGAUAGAUUCAUUGGAGAUAGCGCAGAAGACCUUUCUGCCAGCUGCUUUAUGUGAAAUAACGACAGAGGAUGCAGCACACCGGGUACACCUGAAAAUCUCCCUUGUUCGCUAAAGGAGGUAAUUUUCCUCUAAAUCUUUCACCUCUGAACAAGCCAGAAGAAACUGUAAAAAGGAAAUGGAGAUAAGGAAAUUACAUAGUAAGAACUAAUAGAAUCAAACUGUAAGGAUAUACCAAGAGAACAAGCUUCCUCUGAUACUCCUGUGAACUGAAGGUAACGUGGAAGAUAAGAGCAGAGGGAAAGACGGUCUAAUUGGUGUUGCUGAAAACUCGCAACACUGGAUGGACGGCUGAGGAACUUCAUAACAGGGUGAGAGGGUGAUCACAGAGAAAGAGAGACGGGGACUGACAGAGAGUCAGAGCACAGGAGGGGCGGGCAGCGAAGGAGGAGGAGUGGGAAAGGUCAAUCGCCAUGGCGACAGACCCAGGAGAUCCCACUGCCACCGAGGAGUCCCCUGGAGAGAAACCUGAUAGAGAGAGGGAGGAGGAGAGAGACCAGGGGAACAAGGCCAUCUGCGAGAGAGAGGGAAUGCACAGCACUCCUUCUGACUUUGCUUCCUCACAGACCCAGGAAAGGAGGGCAUGGGGAGCACGUGGAGGUGGAGGAGGAGUGGAGGACAGUAAAGAAACUGAGGUGCCCGUUAGACCUCUGACCUUUUUCAUGCCCUCCUUCCCGGCAACCCACGAGCCUUGCCGGAGACGUGAGAACAAGCGCUUCUUUAGAAAGAGUGUGGAGAUAUGCGAGGAAGACGACGAGGUGGAAGAAACCCCUGAUGCUCCUCACAGUGCCCCUCACCUCGAGUUUUGUGCCACGGACUCCGUUUUCAGCAGCGGAGCCCAGCAGCUACCCCCCAGUGCCUCGACCGCCUUGGGUGAAGAUGGCACUCAUAGUACCCAGGACCCUGAUAAGAGCGCACUUUCAACUUCCACUCUAAAGGGGAAGGAGAGAGAUCGGGAGCAAGAGGAGGAGGCCGAGAUGAAGGCUGUUGCCACUUCACCUAGUGGCCGAUUUCUCAAGUUUGACAUAGAGCUUGGAAGAGGAGCGUUCAAAACGGUUUACAAAGGUCUGGAUACAGAAACUUGGGUGGAAGUCGCCUGGUGUGAACUACAGGAUCGAAAGCUAACCAAGGCGGAGCAGCAGCGGUUUAAAGAGGAGGCUGAGAUGCUAAAGGGUCUACAGCAUCCCAACAUCGUGCGUUUCUAUGAUUCCUGGGAGUCUGUUCUUAGAGGCAAGAAGUGCAUUGUCCUAGUGACAGAGCUCAUGACCUCUGGAACACUCAAAACGUACCUUAAGCGCUUUAAGGUGAUGAAGCCCAAGGUUCUACGCAGUUGGUGCAGGCAAAUCCUUAAGGGUCUACAGUUCCUACACACCCGUACACCACCAAUUAUGCACCGUGAUCUCAAGUGUGACAAUAUCUUCAUCACUGGCCCAACUGGCUCAGUAAAGAUUGGUGACCUGGGUCUUGCCACCCUCAUGCGGACAUCUUUUGCCAAGAGUGUCAUAGGGACUCCAGAGUUCAUGGCCCCAGAGAUGUAUGAGGAGCACUAUGAUGAGUCGGUGGAUGUUUAUGCCUUUGGCAUGUGCAUGCUGGAGAUGGCUACCUCAGAGUACCCAUAUUCAGAAUGCCAAAAUGCUGCACAGAUCUACCGCAAAGUCACAAGUGGUAUCAAACCUGCCAGUUUUGACAAAGUAAAUGACCCAGAGGUAAAAGAGAUCAUUGAGGGCUGUAUUCGCCAAAACCGAUUAGAACGGCUCUCCGUAAAGGACCUUCUUAAUCAUGCCUUCUUUGCGGAGGACACCGGUGUGCGUGUGGAGCUUGCAGAGGAAGAUACAGGCUGCAAAGACUGCCUCGCCCUGCGCAUCUGGGUUGAGGAGCCAAAGAAGCUAAAAGGCAAACACAAAGACAAUGAGGCCAUCGAGUUCAGCUACGACCUGGAGAAUGAUAGUGCAGAAGAGGUUGCACUGGAGAUGGUGAAGUCUGGCUUUUUCCAUGAAAGUGAUGCUAAGGUGGUGGGGAAAUCUAUCAGAGACAGGGUGACUCUAAUUAAGAAGUCUAGGGAAAGGCGGCAACAGCAGCUCCUCCAACAGCAGCUCCUCCAACAGCAGCAAAGUCUGGAUGAGCGUCGUGACUCAACAGUCCUCAACUCCUCCUUUGCCUCUGUUCAUCCCUCCUGCCCCUCCUCACUGGGUCCAGCUGCUGCUUUAGGUGAUGGGUUUCAUGGGGAGACAGAAGAGCUGCCAGAAGUGGACCAACAUGUGCAACAGCAAGGCACUGCAUUGGGCCUCAAAGGUGAGAGCCUUUCUGUUGUCAGUGGAGAUCCUCUCUCAAGUGGACAAAGCCAAGCUUUCUCUCUGCCUGAGUCAGGGAACCCAUGUGCUCAUGCUCAAACCAGCUACCCCUCUGGCACCUCUCCCCUCCCACCAUUCUCAACAGAUAUUACACCUUCUCAAAUCUUACACCCUCAGCCCGGUGAUGCCUCCACUCCCCAUAGUUCUCUUGUGCAGUCACAGUCAUACAUCCCCCCGAUAUCACCUCAGGCACCCAUGACUCAUGUCCUCACUGCCACUGUUGGAGAGCCCAUAGCAUCAGCUGGUAACAUUAUGCCCCCCAUGCAGACCCAACCUAGUAUUGCUCCUGUACAACCCAUUGAUGUUUUGCCCCAGCAAACCCUUGUUCAGCCCCAACAACAGGCAGUGUCAAAAUUGCCAGGAACAUUGCAACUGAACAUCCAACAGCCAACUCCACAAAAGCAGGCAAAUAUAAGGCAGCAGCACCAGGCAGUGCUGUUACCACAGCAGACAAACAAGGUUCAGCAAGCAACAGUUUUAUUGCAACAGCCACAGCAUGUAGAACAGCCCCACAUGAUUUUACAGGAACAACAGCCACAUUCCAGUUCAUCUCAGCAGCCAUAUAUUCCCUUGCCACAGCAGCAACAGCCAACAUUGUCCAACUUGCACCAAAGUGAGUUACAACAACAGGUGUACAUACAACAACCCCAACAACAAGCUGUGAUACAGCAGCAAGCGUCAGUACAACAACCCCCAGUGGAACAAUAUCAACAACACCAGACACAGCAACAACAGACACAGCAAGUUUAUUUGCCACAAAUGGCUAAAGCACAAGAGCAGAACAUGGUAAAGACGAUGGUACAACAGCCACAAGUGCUUCAAACAGUCCAGCAACCAUUACAAUUGGCAGAGCAAGAACAAAAACUUCUGAUAAGGCAACAAAUGGAGCAGCAACAGAAGGCUGUUUUGCAAAAUCAAUUGGAGCAACAACAUCAACAGCAGGUUUAUAUUCAACCACCUCAGCAGCAGCCACAAGUUGAGCAACAACAAAUUCUUCUGCAGCAACAGCAAAACAUGGCAGUGCAGCAGCAGAUGGAGCAACAGCAGCAGGCGGUAAAACAACAGCAGCAAAUAGAGCAGCAACAACAGACCAUUUUACAACAACAGGUGGAGCAACAAAGACAACAGCAACAGGUUCUUUUUCAGCAACAGCAGCUGGAACAGCAGCAGGUAAUAUUGCAGCAGCAACAACGUGAACAACAACAGGCUCUUUUACAGCAGCAACAGUUAGAACAGCAAGUCUUGCUACAACAGCAGCAACAACUCCAGUUAAAGCAGCAACAAGCUCUUUUACAUCAGCAACAGUUAGAGCAGCAACAGCAGGCAUUGUUUAAACGGCAUCAACAACAGCAGUUAGAGCAACAGCAAACUCUUUUACAGCAACAGCAGCAAGCACUCCUUCAACAGCUGCAACAGCAGCAACACAUUGAACAGCAACAAGCUCUAUUACGACAGCAACAGCCUCAGCAGGCUCUACAGCAACAGCCUCAACUACAGAAGCCAAUAGAACAACUACAGCAGCAAAUAUUUCAACAACAGCCUGAUCAUCAACAACAGGCAUUAUUACAACAAAGAGAGUCACACUUGCAGCAACAAGUUCUAAUGCAACAACAGAUAGAUUUACGACAACAGGCACUAAAAGCUGAGAAACUACAACAAGUUUUAUUGCAGCAGCAACAACAACCACUUUUGGAGCAACAAACAGCUCUUACAGAUCCUGGGCAACAGCAAACAACUAUGAAAACACAGCCUACAGAGGCUGUCUGGCAAAUCAAUCAGCUACCACACUCUCAGCAAAUAAUUUCCUCAGAACCUCAAUCUCAUUCAAGUCUUGCUCAAAAACAAACGGAGCAGGAACAGGUCUUGAUUCAGCAUCAACAAGCUAUCCUCCCCCAGCCAUCACAUAGACCUUCCUUGGUACCAACCAUGGUUCAAGCAGUACAACAGAUGGUGUCCACUCAAAUAACUAGUCAGGUUCCAGCCCCAGUACACAUUCAGCAACAGAUGUCAGCUCAACCUUCAGCGCAAGUGCAAAUCCAGAGUCAAGGGGAGCCAGCAUUUUGUGGUCUGAUUUCACUGCAGACCCAAAGUCUUUCUACAGCACAGUCAAUGGGAGGGAAUAUUCAAGCAGGCCAGUUGCAAGUUUCACAACCAACCCAACAAAUCACAUCUCCAACACAGGCACAAGUUCCAACACCACAACCUAUAAACUCUUUUGUCCCAACUCAGACGCAAAUUGUCUCACAAGAGCAAUGCCUUCCUUCACAAUCUCAAAUGGUACCAACUCAAGCUGCAGAUUCUUUCCACUGUCAGGCUCCAAUAGUGGCACCGACACCUGCACCUCUAGUGCAUGCCCAAAUACAGGCUGCUGCUACGCUUUUGCCCACACAAUAUGCUCAAGCACCUGUCGCUCAGCAAACCAUCCAGUCAGUUCAACUAGACCUCGCACAAACCGUAAAACAACAAGAGCCUCCUCUGCAGCAAUAUCAGCAAGCAGUGCUGUCUCCAGCAUCACUAACACCUACCAUUGACCCAGUGGCCACUUCAUCAACACAGUGCUACUUGCAACAUACAAAUCAACCACAAAUGCAGGGCCAGGCUCUUCCACAGCCAGUCAUACCAGCUCAGCAACAACCAGUCAGUGUGGUCUCUAUGCAGACAGUCUUGCAGCCCAUGCCUCCAGUGCAACCUAAGGCUACCCAACAGUAUGAGCAGCAGCAGCAACAACCUCUCCAUCAUCAGCAUCAAGCCCAAACUUUGCAACAUCAACAACCCCUGCAUCAUCAACAUCAAGCCCAAACUGUGCAGCAGCUUCUGCCACCAAAUGCUGUACUACCCCAAGAUCUCCAGCAACAGCCCGGUCAGCCUCAACCUGUGCUCCAACAUAUUCUUCCUAUGCACAUUCCACCCAGUCAGGUACCUCAGACCCAAGCUAGGACAGGACCUCUUUAUAGUCAGGUAGUCUCAGGUCCACCACCCUCCCCCCAAAACCAGCAGAAACCAACCCUUCUUGAUCAAACAUUCACACAAAACAGCAUGCAAACACAAGCAAAUGCAAACACCCAGACACAUGUUCAAACACAUGCCCUGCCACAUGCGCAGACCCACAUAGAGACUACUGGGAAUUUCGAGCAGCCUCCUUACUCCCAAACUGCCUUUAUGGCUCCAAAAAUCCACCCAAGCCCAUCUCAUACUUCCCUACAACCCUCUGCCAUUCUCCCAACCCAACAGCCAGCUGUCCCAGUUUCAGAUAUUCCUAUCUCAAUGGAGGCAAGGCCAGCUGACUUGAUUCCUGCCUCCCCUCCUACUGUCAAUCCUUCACAGUUCCAUGACUCUCAUGGCUCUAUGUUGCCCACCACCUCGCUGGCAGACAGUGACGCUGCAUUGUUGGGCAUUGCUCAGGAGAGCAUAAAUCAAUCUGCCGACAGGAGCUCUUUAUUAUGCUCUGCUCCUGCCAACGGAGAUGAGUCUCAGUUGCUGUGGGCUAGUGGAAAACCAGAAAAGGUGAAAUCUCAGAGGAGAACUUCCUGUCAGAAGACUGAAAAAACUCAUUUUCAACUGAGCAUGUUGCAGGUCUCAUGCACUGGGGACAACAUGGUAGAGUGUCAGCUGGAGACUCACAGCAACAAGAUGGUCACGUUCAAGUUUGACAUUGAGGGAGAUGCACCGGAGGACAUUGCGGAUUACAUGGUGGAGGAGGAUUUUGUCCUUGAGUCUGAAAAAGAGAAAUUUGUUGAGGAGCUGAGGGCUAUAGUGAAGAAAGCUCAAGUAAUUCUAAGCACUCAGUCACAGACUGGGUCCAUGGAGCAGCUACAUGUAAGCACCCCAUCCAGUGCAACAAUGGAUUCAGCCACUCAGUCUUCCCCAGUGGGUCGCUGGCGAUUUUUCAUCAAUCAGACAAUUCGCCAUCGUGACUCUCAUUCCAACCAGGGAGCUUCCACUCCCCCUCCAGUGGGAGAGAGCAGAAUUAUCAAGUCCACAGAAGCAGAGAAAGACCAUGAAAGCCCUCACCGCUCAGAGUCUUUUGCUGGGAUUCCAUCAUCUUUAAGUUCUUCAGUGUCUGCUUCUUCUCCUCCGGUCUCUACUGUAUCUGCCCCUGCAUCCAUGUCAGCCUCGGCCAUUGGUGCUCAGAAAGACAUCACACCUGCUGCCUUGCCGACAGUAAAGCAAGUCUCCUCUGCUACCUUGACCGCAGGCCCAAUCCCUGUCAUGGCCUCUAGCCCUUCUGCUCCUCUUUUUCCUGCAGAUGUGGCCUUCGUGGGCUCCAACAUGGCUUCAGGUGAUACUGCUGUAAAAGUGCAGAGCAUAUCUGAGAGUGAACAGCCUCUUUCUACAUUGUCAGCUUAUGGGACCCCUCCAGCAUCACUGGUGAGCCACACUGAUCCUUCACAGCAGUUGGUAGCUCAAACCCAAAUGGCAACCUUACAGAAGCCUGAGAUACUUCAACAAACCAUGGCACCUUACCAACUCAAAGACACCGAGAUGCUACAGUCAACAAUAGGCACCACAGAACAGAUGCAGGCUCAGCAACAGAAGAUUACGCCUCCGCUGCAGCAGAAAGUGCUGCAGGCUGGCCAUCAGGUCGCUCCACUGCAACCACAACUCCAAACAAGCAAAAAGCCAACCGAAUCGAAAACACUACCACAGCCAAUGCCAAUGGAGACAGUGCCCCAGUCUUUGCAGGCAACUCUUCCAGCAGUCCAGCAGCUACAGUUGCACCAAGUUCUGCCAUCUGUGCUGCCACAGGUUCCACAACAACAAGUACCAGUUGAAUCUCAACAACCACCAAUGCCACAGACCACAUUCUUGCAGCAACACAGCCUCCAGCAAACAACCAGUCCUGAACAGCACACAAUAAUACCACAACAGACAGUUCUUGUAGACCAGUAUGUUUCUCAAGAAACAGUGCAGGCCCCAACAAUGCUGUCCAUGCAGCCACAGCAUGGCUUCCAGACCCAAGAUCCCCUACAGCUUCGAGCACAUUUUCAGCCUGUGAUCCCACAGCAGCUCCCGAGUGAGCAAACACAUGUUGUGCAGCCACAGACAUUACUUCAGCAGGUACCACAUGAUAUGCUGCACUCUCAACCAGUGGCACAAACCGCAGUGCCUCCAGCUGUGCAGAAGCAAGCAUCUCUCCAGCACUCUGAGUCGGAGCUGUCCACGGGUAAGGCCAGCAUUGAGGACACCAUCAGCCACUCUGCCCUGCCCCAUCCCUCUUCAGACACCUCUCUACAACCCCUCCCUCUCACUGAGACAGCGCUGCCACCCCUCUCUCAUACAUUUACCCCCUCUCCAGCCCAGCCUUCCUCGGUAGCUGAGUCAGACAGUGAAGGCCCCCCAAAAAUCGAGUUUGUGGACAACCGUAUAAAGACUUUGGAUGAGAAGCUUAGAACUUUGCUGUAUCAGGAGCACAGUGGGACAACACUGGGAGGUGGCACCACUGGUGCCCCCACUUCCACCUCUGCAUCUGCUGCAGCUUUCACCUCAGUGGGAGGCGACGAAUCUUCAGAGCCCCACUACACAUUCUCCCCCCCUCCUGCCACCUCUUCAGACACUUCCCCUAACUCCACUUCUUCUACCACCUCCUCCACCACCCCUCGCUCUUCCUCAACCUCUCCAGAUGGAGAGAAGGAGAGAGCAGGUGAGGAGAUGGCCCAAUCUGCUGCUGUGCAACGCCAGCCUGCCUCAUUCACCUCUACUUCCCCACCCUGCUCUCUCCUCUCCCCUAUACAGGAGCCCGGACCUCCGCCUGUGCCUGGUGAACCCUCAGUAAGCGCUGCCCCCUCCGUUUCUGAAACCUGCACCCCUGGAGAUGUUCUAUUGCCUUCCUCUUCUCAGCAGCCCAUCCCCCCAUGGCCUGGACAGCAGCAGCACAAUGAAGGAGGUGGAUAUUUUGGCCUAAACCUGACAUGUCCUAGUAUCAGAAAUCCUGUUAGCAAGAAAUCCUGGACUCGCAAAUUCAAAAGCUGGGCGUGCAAACUGCGCCACUCCGCCAGCUUGUUCAAGAAGCCCAAAGUCCAGCAAGAUGGCAACUCCAGCAGUCAGGGGAUAAAGGAUGAGACAGAGACUACAAAUAUCCAGCCCUACUCAUGCAGAGGACGUUUCCAGGUGAUUCCAGUGUCCCAGCCCCCAAAGCCCCCUCAAGCACAAGAAGCUGUACCAAGCCAAGGAGUCACACACAAAAAAGUUGGCCGUUUUUCAGUCACCCAGGCCGAACAGAGAGAGGAACAUCUGACGGACAGCUCCCCAGUUUCACCUGACCUGGAGCGAGAGAGGAGGAAAUCGAAGGGGAAGGAUGGCGAGAAAGAGGAGAGGAGAACUACACCAUCCAGCCACCCACACAAGAUUCACACACACUCGCCCCUCGGCAGCAGCGAUGAUGAGAGUGAGGUUGAGGAUGAAGAUUUGAGGAGAGAGCUCCAUAAGCUGAGAGAGAAACACAUUAAAGAGGUGGUAUCCCUUCAGGCACAGCAGAACAAAGAGCUGCAGGAGUUGUACAGGCAGCUUCGCUCUCUUAAAGAUCACAGACAGCCUCUUCCACUGACCCUGCCCAGGACCCCCCCUUUGCCCUCCUCUCCCUUCGCCUUCUCCCCACGCAGACCCCGACCCAACAAAGCCAAACUCCGGCCCCGACCCCACUCUCACAUGGAUAACAACGGAGUCACACACCAAGGGAGUCUUCAGCAGUCCAGCAGUCAUUCUGGUGGGGAGCAAAGCAGACUUCAUUCAUACUGCAAGCCAGAGAAGACAGCUUCAGUGACUGCUUAUAGAGACCAGAGUCCCUCAGCCCAGAGUUCUGCCAACAGAAAGAGCACAUUCACAGAUGAGCUGCACAAACUUGUUGACGAGUGGUCAAAAGAAACUGUUUGCCCUGUUCAACCCAAGCCUUCACUAAAUCAAAUCAAACAGAUCCAACAAGUGCAAGAGUUGGGUGGGUGGGGCCAGACUACUGAGACGACUGCUUCAUCUGGAUGGUUUUCAACGGCUCCUUUGAACCCUCAGAGUGCUCCAAUAUCAGUCACCUUGUCUACAAUAGCUUCCGCCCCCUAUAGCACCAUCGGUGGACAAACACAGCCACCUCCAACGCAGUUCCCUAAUGCUCCUCUUCCCCAGCAGAAUGCACAUGUGCAGCCUGCCCUCCACCAUCAGCCCUUGCAGUACAGCCAGUCUCCCCUGCACCUGCAGCAGGUCCAGCUUCUGUCAGGAGCCGUGCCCCAGUCUCAAAUCCAGCUGCAGCCGCCAGCCUCCGGCACGCCUCCGCAGCUGCCUUCCCUCACUGCCUCCCCCUCUGUCAUGACCACAGAAGGGCCUCCACUGCCCCCUGCUACCAGCAUCACAGCUGCCUCUGCCUCCACCGCUGCCAAUCAAGACACUGUCACUGCUGCAACCUUCUGCUCAUGCUCAUCCUCAUCAUGCUCCUCUUCCUCCUGCUCAAACUCCACUCUGCCUUCCAGUGCCAAACUUCACGCCAAACCCUCAUCCUCCACCCUUCCCUUAGAACAGCAGUGAGAUGGGGCAAUGUUUUGAUGGAGCAAGAAUGAGAGAUAGAAGUUAAGAGAGCUUGACCAAGACUAUACAGACCAACAGCAUGUUAGAUGGAAAACAGCUCUAAUGUAUAUCUUGUACAGGAAGGAAAAUAGUAGCAAGUGAUUGAGUGUUGGUGUGCGUGGGUAUGGGGGUGUAAAAAUUAUGUUGUGUGUGUUUUUGUGUGUGCGCGUGUUUGUGUUGCAUUUUUCCAUACAUAUCCUCUGUGUGUUUCCGCACUGUCAAGUUUUAUAUCCAACUAAGUUGGACCUAAACUCUCCCUAUGUAGAGACAUGUUGCAAGAAGAACCUUUUGACAAGUGUGAUCAUCUUUGUUUUUAUUUAUCAAUGCUUCAAUUUAAAGGAUUAUUUGAAUUCAAAAGUGCAAUUAGAAACUGAUAUUUGAAUUCAUCUUUUCUGUGUUGUUGUGACGUGAAUCUGUAUAGCUUAAAAUAAAUAUUUUUUAUAUAUACACACCGAAACAACAACCAGACAUUAAUGGCGCCAUCUUAAAGACAACGAGCACAACGGAUUCAAAAGUCAGUGAGAUUAUAAGCAGUCGCAACAACAGCAUGUUCCAGUGCAGAGCAUGGUAACAGUAACCUUGCAACCAUCAUCAUAGCUACGAAAACAAUCAAAACACUGUUGUACAGUGUUGUGCACGGAUAAGGCAUGCUCCUCAUGUAUUAUAUUUUACAAUGAUAAAUAACUGUAACAUUUUAGACUAGCGGAGGGUUUAUAGAAUAACAUAAAUAGCCAUGGACUAAUUGUCUUCAUUCUGCAAUUGAUUAUGAGAAAAAAAAACUCUUCAGUUCUUCAUUUGAUUUCAAAUGAGAUUAGCUGAUAUGAUUGCAGUAUUUCUCUCUCUGUUUUAGCAGACGUUCAUACUUUUUAAAGUUUACAAUAUUAACAUUAAUCCCAUAGUGAAGAGUGCAAGACUAGACGGCUGUUUUGAAAGCUCAUGUGAAGUGAACUCAGCUUGCUCUUGUUCUUGUGAAUUUUGCACAGCCCUGAAUGAAUGUGCUUUUGUGCACACCAAACUGUGAUAUGUGAACUGUGAGUUUGCUUUUUUUUUAACAAAAUGCAUCAGCAAAACACUGGCAAAAGGUGUAUUCCUCAUCAAAUCCAAGAUUUCACCAGAUAUUACUCUGGUGCAUUCUAAGAAAUACACUGGCAGCCAAAAGUUUGGAAUAAUGUGCAGAUUUUGCUCUUAUGGAAAGAAAUUGGUUCUUUUAUUCACCAAAGUGGCAUUCAACUGAUCAUAAUGUAUAGUCAGGACAUAAAUAACAUGAAAAAUUACUAUUAUGAUUUGAAAAAAAUGUAAACUACUUAAACUACUUAAAAGGGUUCUCAUCAAAAAAUCCUCCAUGUGCAGCAAUGACAGCUUUGCAGAUCCUUGGCAUUCUAGCUGUCAGAUUGUCCAGAUACUCAGGUGACAUUUCACCCCACGCUUCCUAUAGCACGUGCCAUAGAUGUGGCUGUCUUGUCGGGCACUUCUCACACACCUUACAGUCUAGCUCCCACAAAAGCUCAAUAGGGUUAAGAUCCAUAACACUCUUUUCCAAUUAUCUGUUGUCCAAUGUCUGUGUUUCUUUGCCCACUCUAACCUUUUCUUUUUGUUUUUCUGUUUCAAAAGUGGCUUUUUUGCAAUUCUUUGUUUUUUACAUCAGUAAUGUCCCGACUAUACUUUGUGAUCAGCUGAAUGCCACUUUGGUGAAUUAAAGUACCAAUUUCCUUCCAAAACAGCAAAAUCUGUGCAUUAUUCCAAAUGUUUGGCCACCAGUAUAUAUAACUGCCAAGCAAAUUUAUUGGGAGAACAUCCAGAAAUAAGUUACCUUUCAGAGAGAAGUGUAUUUUUCCUGAAGAUCUGUAUGUGAUUCUGCUGGACCAAGAUAUAAAUGCCCAGCCUUUAAAAAUCAGCAGCUAAUUGUCAUGCAGCUAUGUUUUACUCGUGUACAUGAGAGUUAAACCUCUUAAAAGAAACCCAAAAGGGACGAGUUUAAAUACGAAGCAGUUGUCGGACAGCAAGGCACUUCAGACAACUUUGGCCUGCUUUAAACAUCUAAGUCAAGCCAAGUCAACAUGGCCACUGCAUACAGAGGUUUGUGAUCAUCCCGUUUCCAGUAUUUUGUGUCCUUUUUUAAAGACAAAACCUACAUCCUCACAGUAACCAAUGGUACAUUAGUGGUGAGUAAAAGGCUGUUAUGUCUUAAAAAAAAUAAACAUUACCCAUUUGAUCUGUACAAAUGGAAAAUAAAAAAGAUAACCCUCUGCUGGAAGUGUUACCAAAAUGUAAUCUAAAAGAAAGCAUUAUUUUUGUAUUUUACAAGGGUUGUAAAAAUGUAAAAUUGUGUACUGAUCAGUGUUGAGAAAGCUGCGGUUAUUUGAUAACAAGACAGGUCAUAAACUGUUUCUUGAGUUCCUCUGGCCUCCAACUUUACCCUAAACUUUUGGCCUGAGAUUACAAGAAUAUUUUCAAAGUUUAGAUCAUUCAUUUGAUACAAGUGAUUGGGAAAAUUAUAAGCCAAAGAAAUCAUUGCUGCAGUAGGGGGGUUGAUUGGGUGAAGUUGCAUGGUAAAACCAGGGGGACCCCAGAAUUACUUGACUAAGCACCAAUAAUGAAAGGUUAUUUAAGUAAAAAAUAAUCUAGAGGAGUAAACUUAUUGCUGGUGAUUUAGCUACUGUAAAAUGUAACUACUUCAACUGUUGAUUCUAUUUAUGUUUUGUAACUAAUCAAAAAUAAACAUUAAACAUCAA